CCUAAGAGCCUACCCAGGCAUGCUGUAUCUCGUCGGGCUGGGCUUGGGAGAUGCCAAGGACAUCACGGUGAAGGGGUUGGAGGCAGUGAGGCGGUGCCGCAGGGUGUACCUGGAGGCCUACACGUCCAUCCUCACGGUGGGCAAGGAAGCACUGGAAGAGUUUUAUGGAAGAGAAUUGAUUUUGGCUGACCGAGAAACGGUGGAACAGGAAGCAGAUAGCAUUUUAAAAGAAGCUGAUGUUUGUGAUGUCGCAUUUCUUGUAGUUGGUGAUCCUUUUGGAGCCACGACGCACAGUGAUUUAGUACUACGUGCAGUAAAAUUGGGGAUUCCAUACAAGGUCAUUCAUAAUGCUUCAAUAAUGAAUGCAGUGGGCUGCUGUGGUUUACAGUUGUACAAUUUUGGAGAGACAAUUUCUAUAGUUUUCUGGACAGACACAUGGAAGCCAGAAAGCUUUUUUGACAAGAUCGAGAAGAACAGGCAGAAUGGAAUGCACACACUGUGCUUACUCGAUAUUAAAGCGAAGGAGCAGUCUCUGGAGAAUCUAAUGAAAGGAAGAAAGAUUUAUGAGCCACCCCGCUACAUGAGUGUGAAUCAAGCUGCAGAACAGCUUCUUGCCAUUAUUCAAAACAGGAGGCUCCAAGGAACAGAACCAGAAAUUACUGAAAACACAAUCUGUGUUGGCCUCGCACGUGUGGGCGCUCCAGAUCAGAAGAUUGCUUCAGGCACACUGUCUCAGAUGUCCACAGUGGAAUUAGGUGGUCCACUACACUCCCUGAUUGUUACAGGCACUAUGCAUCCUCUGGAAUUAGAGAUGCUUCAGCUUUUUUCUGCAGAUAGUUCCAGUUUUGAAAAUAAUGCAUUUCAAAGAACCACUUAAAUAAAAACUAUGCAUUUAAAUUUU